UUCCUUUAAAGCUGUGGCUUGACUGCAAGACGUCCCAGAGGAUCCAGUCGAUGCACCAAUACAAAAAUACCUUUCGAGUGGACGUAAACAUUAUAUCACAACAGUAACGAACGAAGGAAAGAGAUACAGAUAACUGGGUGCCAAGAAGACAGCUGCUCCUCUUUUCCAAAAGGACGAGGCGCACAACGUCUUUGGAACAACUGCUGUUGCAUGCAGUCAUCUGCAGAGGUUACUGUAUGAAGCUUUUAAGGCCUUUUUGAAUGAUCAGCCACUCGAUGGGGAUUUACCGAGGAGCUCUCACCUGUGUCGCCUCCUGCCCUCCGCCCCGCCGCCUGCCCUCCCUCUUCUGCACCUCCUCCACACACAUCAUGAAACUGGUAUUAACUGAAUGGCAAUUGAUAUGGAUUUUUACUGAUUCCAGUAGACUGUGAAGCAACAAAAACACAAAAAGGGAGGAAAAGCCAUAUCUCAUUUUCACACGUCCUUCUUUACACCAAAUAAACCUGCAUGUGGGGUGCUGUUCUAGGCUGCCUGCACAGGCCCUCCCUGAAAACAACACCUCUCUGCAAAACACGAGGAAUGUAUGGUACGCUUUGAGAGAUUCUUCUUCCUACCUGAUUACCUCGUUUGAGGACAUCCACGGCAGACGGAGCUAUACUUUGAGGACCAGCUCUGACACCAGGCGCCACCAAGCCACCAGUGUGAACAUACAGAUUAUUUUUUACAUUUAAAUAAAUAUAUAUAUAUAUUGUUUUUCUCUGGAGCCUGAAGUGCUGUGCGUUUGGCUGUGUGCAUGCCGAAGAAGAAGAAAAUGGCUCCCCAGAACUCUGAGGCGGAUGCUAUGCAAGUGCAGGGGGUGAUGGUGGUCCCUACUGCUAAGAAAACCACCACAGACUCUGCUGCCACAGGGGAUAGAGGAGGAGGAGGAGGAGGUGUGGUGCUGGAGUCAUGCCAGGAGGAGUCGGUGAGCGAGGGGUCUAUAGACCGGAUCCCCCUACAGCAGUGGGUGAUGCACGGAGCCGUCAUGUUCGGACGAGAGUUCUGCUACGCCAUGGAAACGGCCUUGGUUACGCCUGUACUGCUGCAAAUAGGUCUUCCAGAACAGUAUUACAGUUUGACGUGGUUCCUGAGCCCCAUUCUGGGUCUGAUCUUCACACCUCUGAUUGGCUCAGCCAGCGAUCGCUGCACCCUGAAAUGGGGCCGGCGACGCCCUUUCAUCCUGGCCCUGUGUGUGGGGGUGUUGUUUGGAGUAGCACUCUUCCUCAACGGGUCACUCAUAGGACUUGCCGUUGGCGACGUGCCAAAUAACCAGCCCAUAGGGAUUGUUCUGACGGUGCUCGGUGUAGUAGUGCUGGACUUCAGUGCAGACGCAACAGAGGGUCCCAUAAGGGCCUACCUACUAGAUGUGGCAGACACUGAAGAACAAGACAUGGCCCUCAACAUCCACGCCUUCUCCUCUGGUUGUGGGGGAGCGGUGGGCUACGCGCUAGGCGGUCUGGACUGGACCCACACAUUCCUGGGCUCAAUCUUCAAGUCCCAGGAGCAGAUCCUCUUCUUCUUUGCCGCCAUCUUGUUCACCAUCUCUGUGGCGCUGCAUCUGUUCAGCAUCGAGGAGCAGCGGUACAGCCCCCAGCAGGACCGGCUGGAUGGGGAGGCCGACGCCGCUUCUUCCACGGCCCACAAGGACAACUGCUCCCCAGGGAAGCUUCAUGGCCACAACACCCCCCACAUGGAGCUCAUCGGAGAGGACGACAUCUACGACCCUUGUGAUCGUUACGACCGUUAUGAGUUCUACAGGGAUGGUGAUGGGGAAGAGGAUGGGCGCUCAUUGCACGACAUGGACAUGGACUUCCUGGAUGUGGAGAUGGUGAGGUCCAAGUCGGACUCAGUGCUGCAAAUGGCCGACGCCACACUGGAUCACCUGGACCACGACGCUCUGUCCCUGCUUCACAUCGAGCCCUCCAUCUUUGCUGACCGCCUGUCGUCCUACCAAGGCUCUCCACCACGCCGCAGGAGCAGCACAGGCAGCCAGGACCUCCUCAAAACCUCCAAAAAGAUCUGCCGGCUGUCCCAGUUCCUGCAGGAGCAGGACCGCGACGGGGAAGAGGCGCUUCUCAACAACCAGCUCAACGAGCAGAAGACGCCAAACGGCCGGGCGCAUGCCAACGGCUUGGGCCAGGGCGCCAACGGGCAUGCCCACAUGGUCAUGAAGAACUCGGCCAGCACAAACGCUUCCAUGCGGCACCGCCGACACAUCUUCUACCGCCAGCCGUCCUGCACCUUCUCCUACUACGGCCGCGUGGGCUCCCACCGCUACCGCUACCGGCGAGCCAACGCCGCGCUGCUCAUCAAGCCCUCGCGCAGCUUGAACGACAUCUACGAGGUGCAGCGGAGACAGAAGAGGAGACAGCAGAACCCCAGAGCGCGACACCAGUCAGGCAACACCAACUCCAGCGGGGACACAGAGAGUGAGGAGGGGGAGACUGAGACCACGGUCAGGCUGCUGUGGCUGUCCAUGCUGAAGAUGCCUCCAGAGCUGAUGAGGCUCUGUGUCUGUCAUCUCCUCACCUGGUUCUCCAUCAUCGCUGAGGCCGUCUUCUACACUGACUUCAUGGGCCAGGUCAUCUAUCACGGCGACCCCACGGCUCUCGCUAACUCCACGGAACUGCAGAACUACCACAAAGGAGUUCAGAUGGGCUGCUGGGGGCUGGUCAUCUAUGCCUUGACCGCUGCCUCCUGCUCAGCCUUACUGCAGAAGUACCUGGACAACUUUGACCUGAGCAUCAAGGUUAUCUACGUCCUGGGUACGCUGGGCUUCUCCAUCGGUACGGCCGUCAUGGCCAUCUUCCCCAAUGUCUAUGUCUCCAUGGUGAUGAUCAGCAGCAUGGGCAUCAUCUCCAUGAGCAUCUCCUACUGCCCUUAUGCCCUACUGGGACAAUACCAUGAGAUGAAAGAGUACAUCCACCACAGCCCAGGGAACUCCAAGCGGGGCUUCGGCAUCGACUGUGCCAUCCUGUCAUGCCAGGUGUACAUCUCCCAGAUCCUAGUGGCAUCGGCACUGGGCGCGGCGGUGGACGCCACAGGUAGCGUGCGGGUCAUCCCUAUGGUGGCGUCCGGCGGCUCCUUCCUGGGUUUCCUCACCGCCUGGUUCUUAGUCAUCUACCCGAGCCACGGCGAUGCGGAGGCCAAGGGUGAGCAGAAAGCUUUAACAGGGCCCUCCUCUGAUAACAGCGGCACAGAGAAACCCAGUGUUCUAAAACUGACCAAGAAAGGCGCCGCCAGCACUACGUGUAAAGUGGAGUGCGAAUCCACUCUGUGAUGGAGGGGGAUACUGUUACCAUAGCAAUGCAAACGACAUCAACAAAAAAUAUAAAUAAAAACUAACAUUCCCUUUUUCCGCCACCGAAGACUGUGCUGCAUGGCAUGGGCUUGACCGACCUGUUCUUUCUCUGAGACACAUGGGCCAGGAUGUUUUACAGUUUCAUUUAAUGUGUCGCGGUCUCAGGACUGUGGUGUGGCGAGGAGAGGACAAUCAUCUCUCCCUCUCAGGGCCACCAGGAGCCGCCAUCAAGGCGGUCCGACUGGAUAGGACAGAUCAGGGGACAAUGGAUACACGCGACCGACCGUCGUUCACACGCUGAACUGGGAUCUCUCGAAAAGACAUGCACUUCACUCUUGCACUUCCAUUCAUGGGUCAAGACAAAAAUAGUUUAAGAGAUAUUUUAUUCUUCUAAUAAGUGAAUCAUUUGAAAAUACUGAAAAUUGCUCUUCCUUUUGAUUGAAAAUUUUAUUUAGUUUAUUUUACUCUAUAUAUUUUUGACAUGAUAUUGCAGAAGGACAUUGUAAUCACCAAAUGUGGCCAGGCCCGGUAUAAUUUACAGGGUUGAUGUUUUACUUUUUGGACUUUAAAGGUUUUUUGUGGCUUUAAGAGAACUGCACAGGAAUAAGGAGGAGAUUUCUCCUUUAGGAGAGCAUCUCCAAAGUGAGGAGCGAAAGAAGGCAUUGUUUGAUGAAUAGUUCUCUUAUUUAUUUUAUUUUAGCACAUACUAAGACCAGUUACACUAUAUCUACACAUAGAUAUCUUUAUCCUCUUUAGUAAUUUAUACUAAGGAUCCUAUUUUCCACCUUUCAGUAUAAAUCCUUCGGAGAUCACGUCCUCAAGGGCAUUACCAUUGACGGAGAACAGAAACACUUUAAGAAAAUGCUCAAGAGAAAGAAUCUCAGUGCUGUGUUGGAGUUACAAAGGACUGCAUACCAAACAAAGGAGAGAAGCUGAGGAGCGCUUUUCUGUCUCGGCGAGAAGAAACAGAUUUUGCGCUUAAUUUCCCUUACUACUACUUAUUUGUUUUUCUCUUGUUUCAAAAGCAAUGUUAAUGGAUUGUGUCACUCGCUGCACAAUUUCAGCUGUUGUCCUUUUUUUGAGGAUGUUACUAAAACUAGCUAGAUGUUUGUCAAAUGUGGGAGUGCGGUUAGAUGGAGGGUUGGGGGAGGAGCCCCUAGGCAGAACUUAAACUGUGCAGGAAUUGAAGUUGGUUCUUUUCCUACCACAUAGGUCUUCUAUUUUCAGUUUCUAACUGAUUGAAAACGAAGUAAUGGGUCUUAAAAGAAGAGUAAUAUCCUCUCACUUUUGUAGUCUGUUUACAUUUUAGAAACCUGGUUGCUGCAUGGUUUGGGCCAUGUGGCGAGUUGUGCUGUGCUCGGGAAGCAGCCCUAGCUAAAUGCUAACCCGCCAUGUUGGCUCUGCAUGGCCUACAUACAGUGCAUUGGUUAAGUAUUCAGACCCCUUCAAUUUUUCCACAUUUUGUUACGUUACAGCCUUAUUCUAAAAUUGAUUAAAUUGAAUUUUUUCCUUAUCAAUCUAAAUAAAAUACCCCAUAAUGACAAAGGACGAA